CAUAUAUUUAAUUUACAAUGAACCUUUCAAACAUAGUUAUCCGUAUCAGGUUGACCUCAGUUAUGAAACUAACUUCAUUCAUUUCAGUGUUGUUUUAUUAACUGGUUUCACCUUACAUGUCUUAUAAAUGAGUACUAUGUCAUAUGAGCUUCAGUAGCUUGUUUGGCCAGCCCAGGGCGCCAUGUCUUGGAGACGCUCCAUACAGUGGAGAUGCUGGUUGUACUUUACGGAAUGGCGCUGCUAGCACAGCACUUCGAUACUCAUUGCUGAACUCUUAACGGUCUCUGGGUGAGGUAACCUACGAAAGUUAUUGAUCAUGACCACCAAAUCGUCUUUGUUAAAAGUGAUUCUGUUGGGGGAUGGUGGUGUGGGAAAGUCCUCCCUCAUGAACCGGUAUGUCUCCAACAAAUUUGAUUCACAUCUGUUCCACACGAUCGGUGUAGAGUUUCUAAACAAAGAGCUGGAGGUGGAUGGUCACACGGUCACUCUACAGAUCUGGGACACAGCAGGCCAGGAGAGGUUCAGAAGUCUCCGAACGCCCUUUUACCGUGGCUCUGACUGCUGUCUGCUUACGUUUAGUGUGGAUGAUAAUCAAAGUUUCUUGAACCUCAACAAUUGGAAGAAAGAGUUUGCAUACUACGCAGAUGUCAGGGACCCAGAGAAAUUUCCGUUUGUUGUUCUAGGAAACAAAGUAGAUGUGACGGAUCGUCAGGUGUCAAUGGAAGAAGCUCAAAGGUGGUGUCAAGAGAAUGGUGGAUAUCCAUAUUUUGAAACAAGCGCAAAGGAUGCCACUAAUGUCUCAGCUGCAUUCGAGGAAGCAGUUAGACGUGUGCUGUCAUCUGAAGAUCGUGCAGAACACCUGCUGCCCACAGACACUGUUGACCUGUGCAGGAAGCCACGAGCGAGUGGUUCAUGCUGUUGAUGCUAUGUAAUAAUAAUGAACACAAGUGAAACACUCCUUAUGUGUUAGCGAAAAAAUGCGUACUCAUCAGUUCUCAACAGCUGAUGCCAGAAAAACUUCAAAUUUCAUAAUGUCUGUCAUUGCAGAGUUACAACGUCUUGAACACUUGUCUUGCUUUUAACAAUGAACAUACUUAUGCAUUCCUAUGCUAUUGUUUCAAAGCACUGGAUCAGAUUCUUAUGUGCUUUAGGUUGCCUAUAUUAUGAAUGUUGGUAAACCAAACAGGGAUCACUGAGAUCCUUUAGCACUCACACUAGUUCUAACGCUGUUUACAGUUGAGAAAUAAACAUCAGCUGUUACAUUCAUGAACACUAGAACAUAUUCAAAAGUGUUUUGUCUCAUUUUCUGAGUGUACAUGUGUUACUUUAAGUGCCUUUAGCACAGGUUUGUUUGUGUGUCUUAUUUAACAGUGUUGCGUGACAAGACAUUUUGGAAUGUCUUUCAGUCAUGAAGUGUGAUUUUGUAGCAUAUUUGUAAAUAUAUUUUGUAUUAAUUACCACUUUAAUUUCAACGGGGUUUGGGUCUCUCACUGAUACUCUUAAUUUAUCAGAGCUAACAAUUUAUUUUUUGAGUAUGCAAGAAUAUAAAUGCUGAGUACUGAAAUGAUACCAUUUUAAGACAUUUAAGGGUAAAUUUUAUUUGUCAUGGACAUAAUUUCUGUCACAAAAUGAUUCUUACAAUAAUUCUGCAUGCUAAUCCAAGUUUGCUACAUUUGUGUGUAUUGAUAAAUACAUCAUUGAAAUUAAAAGUAUUUGAUUAUUGAUUAUCCUCUUUAUUAUUUUUAUUUAUUUAUUGUUAUACUAUCCACAGUUUUAUUUUGGUGCAAUAAAAAGAUGAACAGAAAGAAAUUUUCCACCCCAAAAUUAAAGUUUACUGAAAAGAUGUAGACAAGUUUGUUGGUUCAUGGGAAAAGAUUUAGAAAAAUUCAGUAGUACAUCACUUGCAAACCUAAUUAAGCUCAUCAGCUCGACCUGAAAUGUGUGUCAGACAAAGGAGACAUAAAAUGUGCAGUAUUGGGGGGCUUCAUGAAUGUGACUGAGAAUCAAUGCCAUCUAUUCCAGGGGUGCUCAAUCAUGUUCCUGGAGAUCUACCUUCCUGCAAGGUUCAGCUCCACCCCUGAUCAAUUACAGCUCGUUUGAAUUUAACUUACAGUUAAGCAUUUCUUAAUGAUGGAUUACUUUUGGAGUACUGUGUGUUUCUGUCAGCUAUUUGGACUCUCAUUCUGAUGGCACCCAUUCACUGGAGAGCAUUAGUAAGCAAGUGAUGCUAAUUCUUAAAAUAUGUUCCUAUGAAGAAACAAGCUCAUCUACAUCUUGUAUGUUUUCAGCAAAUGUUCAUUUUUGGGUGAACUAUCUGUUUAAAGGGAUAGUUAACCCAAAAUUGAAAAUUCUGUCAUUAAUUACUCACCCUCAUGUCGUCCCAAACCUGUAAGACCUUCGUUCCUUUUCAGAAACACAAAUAGAGAUAUUUUUGAUGAAAUCUGAGAGCCUUUUGACCCUACAUCAGCAGCUCCACACCCAUGGAAUAGAAGAAAUUGUUCAAUAAAGUCAUUUAUUUUUUGUUGUUGUUGUUUUCUUUGUGCACAAAAA